AUGAUUCUCUCUUCGCUCGCGUCGGCAGCCCUCUGGCUUGCCAUGAUGCCCCGGGAAGCCGGGGCGUCAGCAGUGCACCUGGGAAAGCGAGGCGAGACGCCUCAGGCCAAUGUGCUGGCCGACACCAUCAAGUCGUGCAGCUACUGGUAUGACAACUACGAAGGCGAGAGCUGCGUCGUGGUGCGGGAUUACAUGUUUGCCAUCUCCCCCGAGACAUUCAGCCGCUGGAACCCGUCGGUCGGUCUCGACUGCAGCAACUGGCAAGACUGGACCUCGUACUGCAUCCAGGUCGCCAGCGAAGAGCCUCCCAAAACCACCACCACCACGGCGAGCACCACGACGACUGUGCCCGCACAGUCUCAGACGCCCACGGCCGUGCUGACGGGAUGGAACCCAAUGGGCUACUUCAUCGACGACCACACCGAGGGCUUCCGCUACGCCGGCGUCAAGUCGGGGACCGAGUGCUGGUGCGGCUCUUUUGUGGGCGGCGACUGGGCCGCAAACCAAACCUCGUGCAACGUGCCCUGCCCCGGCGACGCGAAACAGACGUGCGGCGGCAGGGCGCUGCUGCUCGUGUUUGAGGCUCAGGUCAAGACGGAUCCUCUGCCGCCCAUCAGCAUCCCAUCGACCACCUCCCACACAACUGCUAUUACAUCCUCGUCCGUCUCGCUCACUUCGUCAACGUCGACACCAUCGAGCACUGCACUUCCACCCAUCUCCUCUCUCCCAGCCUGCGGGCAAACAUGUUUCUUGAAUAUGAUCAACACAUACUCAUCCCUUGGAUGCUCCACCCCCGAUCCGGCAUGUCUGUGCCGCAAUGUCAACUUCGGCUAUGGCAUCCGGGACUGCUCAAAUGCACGCACUAGCAACUGCUACGGGUGGAACGGCAACUCCAACUUCAGCUACAAAGACCACUUCCGCAUCUUCCACAACCGCGAUCACAAGCCUGCCAACUUGCGGUCAGACAUGUUUCAACAACAUGCUUGCGCAAUAUGA